UGACGAUCUUGUGGCAACCACAAUUGGGCGGCAUUGGGUGCUAUCGUUAGCAGAGUUUGCUAAAACACUUGGAGUACGCUUCAAGAGCCUAACUAGUCAUCUCUCUCUCCUUCCCGUACCCUGUAGUUCCUCUUGCUUCGACUUUCAGUUGCACGGUAUCGUACUUACAGGGGGGAGGUAUGGCCGCGCUACAGAUUUCGAGCUCCCUCUAUUCUUCGUUGGGCAGGGGAUGCACAACAAGCGUUCUUUCCCACGAGACAGUUGCACCAGCUAGGGUGAAUGGUGUGGUUGGCAAUUCUCGAAGCCGAGCUGCAGUUUCUUGCAUUAGGGCUUCGACGUCAGAAUCCUGCAGUGAGUCUGAGGGCAUGACCCGUAGACAUGUCUUGGGAGGUGCUGCUGCUGUAGCGGCCACCAUAGCUACCUUCGGCGGUCCAGCACUUGCUUUAAACGCUCCCAAAGGUUAUACCGCUGUUCUGGACAAUGCUGAUGGUUACAAGUUCUUCUACCCCUUCGGCUGGCAGGAAGUUGCAGUGAAAGGUCAGGAUGUAGCUUUUAAGGAUGUGAUUGAGCCUUUAGAGAGCGUGAGCGUGAGCAUUAUCAAGACCGACAAGUCGAACUUAUCAGAAUUGGGGUCUGCAGAUGAGGUUGCUAAGGCACUAGUGGAGAGGGUGUUGGCUUCACCAACUCAGAAGACUAAACUUGUCGAAGCUAAAGAGCGCGUCAACGACGGUAUUUCUUACUACACUUUCGAGUUUAUGACGAAGGCUUCGAACUUUACACGUCAUGGCCUUGGGACUGUGGCCAUUAAAGAUGGAAAAUUCUACACACUUACUACCGGUGCAAACGAGAGGCGAUGGAACAAAAUGUCGGACAAACUGAAGAUGAUUGUCAACUCUUUCGAGCUGCUGGUGUAGAAAGCAGUUCAAGUCUCCGAGACCUAGACGUGAACAGUCGGUAUUGUAUUAUCUUUUGCGAUUCCAAAUGAAUUUCUCUAUUCUUUUUCCCCUCUUUAUAUGGCUUAUAUUUAGUCUUGUAUGAAAGAAUCGUCAUAAUUUUGCAAUUGAGAAACAACCAGCCAGGAUUGUUUCAGUUUUAUGUCGUACUGCGGAAUGCUAUGUAAAAGCUCCCUACGAAAGCCUCUCAUGAAAGAGUUUAAGGAAUUGACUCA